GACGAACCAAUAUAGAUGAGCACGACGGAGUUUCGCGGCAGCCCUCACACCUCUGUGUAUCUAGCACCCACGAAUACUACAACGGAGUCCGCCACCCAAAUUCAGCCCCUUCUUCCAGCAGUUAAAAACGGUCAGAAAUGGUGCUUGGCGGACCUCAAGAAUGACCCUCGCUGGUCCGAGUUUAAUCGUCUCGCAAUCUCAACGAGUACAGGAAAUGGGCCCGGUGGAGGCCCUCUAACAAGCCCCACGCUGGCAACUUCGAGAGAUCCCCGAUUCGGUUUGCCCGAGCCAUUUGGUUACGACCAACUCUGCAGUGGGCCGUACCAAUUGCAGCCUAGACAGCUAUUGUCGGUACAGCAACAGGAGGCAUCGAGCAAUAAUGAAGCAGCAAUCAGCAGGGAGAUGGAAGGCUAUCAGAAGUAUUCGAACGUGCGUGGUGCAGCCCAGCCCUUUGGGGUGCGACAUUUUAGGCCAGACGAUGAGCGGGAACGAUUACGUGAGCUUGGGGGAUCACCACCGCAUAUGGGCCCCCAGACAACAAUCAACAGCCGAGCCGGGCAUCUGGACGAUACCAGCGGAGGACAUACGAGCUCGGAAGGCGGUAGCAGCCCGGAGCAUUGGGAUUACAAAAGAUCCAUUGGAGUCAGUAAUGCAAGCAUUAAAGAUGAAGCGGAACAGCUCGCGGCUGCAACGUACGGUGUUGCCAACAACCCUAUUUCGACCAGCGGCUCUCCGGUGUCGGCGCAAAGCGUCACAGGCACGUCCGGCAGUGUUCCUACUGCACAUGGGGGCUCAUCGUAUUGUGCUAUUUGCGGAGAUCGGGCUACCGGCAAGCACUACGGAGCAUCUAGCUGCGACGGUUGCAAGGGAUUCUUCCGCCGAUCUGUACGCAAGAACCACGUUUAUAGCUGCCGCUUCGACAGGAACUGCGUCGUGGAUAAGGACAAACGGAACCAGUGUCGUUAUUGCCGACUCAAGAAGUGCUUUCGUGCCGGUAUGCGCAAGGAAGCUGUACAAAAUGAACGUGACCGUAUCAGCUGCCGUCGACAGAGUUAUGAGGACACCCAGGCACUCGCUAAUCAAGGCCUGCUCACUUUACAAUCACUCGUUCAUGCCGAUGUCUUCUCGCGAAGCCAACAGACUCCGGGAGGUGGAUAUGGCGAUUCUGAACAGCAUAAUAUGCAGACAAAGAAGAUAGCCAAAUUGGAGGAUAUUUGCAACUCAAUGAAGCAACAGCUUUUGGGUCUUGUUGAUUGGGCAAAAAGUUUGCCAUGCUUCCUCGAGCUGCAAUUGGAUGACCAAGUGGCCCUGCUACGAGCUCACGCUGGGGAACAUCUCGUUCUAGGGGUCGCCCGUCGCUCGUUACCGGUCAAGGACGUCUUGCUACUAGGCAACGAUUUCCUGAUGCCGAGAAACGCUAUGCAGGACGCUGAACUAUCUGUAAUCAGUGAACGAAUUAUUGAUGAGCUUAUACACCCGAUGCGGGAAAUACGCGUUGACGACACAGAGUUCGCUUGCCUCAAAGCAAUCGUCUUCUUCGAUCCCAAUGCUCGUGGCCUGCAUGAGCCGAACAAAAUCAAAGCUCUACGCUACCAGGUUCAGACGGCCCUUGAGGACUACACGAAUGAUCGGCAAUACGAGUCUCGGGGCCGUUUGGUUCAAAUGGUGCUUCUUCUUCCCACUCUUCAAUCUGUCACAUGGCAGAUGAUCGAAAUGAUUCAAAUGGCGAAGAGUGUCGGAAAAACUCGUGUGGACUCACUUUUACAGGAGAUGCUCCUCGGCGGAAUGGUCGGUCCAACUACGUACCAUUAUCAAGAAGAUAGCACAAACACUGCCGCCGGCAACAGCGCCACAGGCGGUAACGCCAACGGAUACGGGCCACCGUUAGAUCCAUGCAUGAGCUCUCCGCAUAUCGCGCAGACAAUGAGUCAACAUAUGCAACAGAGCGGGCUCCAGGUAUCACCGAUGGAUACUUCUGGCGCUGGGACGUCCGUCGGACCUCAGCAGGCCGCAGCCGAGUGCUAGCUGAAGACUUCAUAGCAACGUUAUAGAGCUCGACGUCAUCGACAAAGAACUCUGCACCUUCAUUACGAUGUAACUUCAUCACGUAAUAGUUGAAUUAAAAUGUAAGAAGAGUGUGGUUCUAGUAUGAAAGAUCGUUCUGGAUACUAGAAGGUCACCGUUCACUGAGAGUGAGGGAGGUCAUGUUUGGUUAUUCCUUUAUCUCAUGUAUAUCGCUUUUUAUGGAUUACCAUAAUAAUAAUAAUAAUAAUAAUAAUAAUUUGACGUUAUUAUAUUCACAAAAAAGGGUCGUGUAAGAAAUGAAUAAAUAAUUAAGCGAACUAUUGACAUAAUUGUA